AUGGGUGAAAAUUAUUUUGUCUCGGCGAAUCGGAGAAAGAAACUGAAAAAGAUGUUCGGGGGGACGAUCGGUGAAAAUUAUUCUGUCUUGGAGAUACUGGGAGAGAGAUUCGAGAGGGAGAUGGGUGAAAUUUAUUCUGUCUCGGAGAAACAGAGAGAGAUCCAGAGGGAGAUGGGUGAAAAUUAUUCUGUCUUGGAGAAACUGAAUCAUCUAAUGAUCAGUAAGGCGUGCAAUUUGACCGCAGAUCAGAUUGAUCAUCUCGUCUCUUUUAAAAAUCGGCUAAGAUUCCUAGCAGCCAUUCUCAAGGAUUUGGAAGAGAAGCAGCAGCAGCAGCAGAACUAUGAAGCUAAAAACCUGCCGAUGCAAAUUUAUUAUGUGAUCUGCAAGACAAGACAACUCAUCCGUUUUUUUGAUGUUCAAGUUCCAGGGCAGAGGGACUGCAACAACAACGGUGACAGUUUUUUUGAUAUUUUAAUUGGCACAAAUAUAAUGGAAGAGAUUAAGCCGAUCGAGGCAAAAGUGGUGCAGUUUUAUGACCAGAUAAAUCAGAUCCAACUCCUACAAGAUUUCAAUGAUGGAGUCUAUUCGUCAAUGUCAAUGGAGAACAGAACCAUGGUAGAUGAAGAAAUUACAGUGGGCUUUGAUGAUGAGGCCUUGACUAUAAAAAAGCUACUUGCUGGAGGGAAGAAGCAGCUACAAAUGAUAUCAAUUGUUGGGAUGCCUGGACUCGGUAAGACAACUUUAGCCACAAAACUCUACAAUGAUCCUUACAUCACGCACUACUUUCAUAUUCGUGCAUGGACCCAUGCUUCUCAAUUACCCAGAAAAACAGAUGUGUUGUUGGACAUUUUACGUUAUGUUAAUGUCGUCUUUACCGAUGAAAUUGAAGACAUGACCAAUGAGAAGCUAGGCGAAAAGUUGUACAAGCAAUUAAAAGGCAAGAGAUAUCUCAUUGUCAUUGACGAUAUAUGGGAUAUUGGUGCCUGGGACGAUCUUAAAAUGUAUUUCCCCAACGACAACAAUGGAAGUAGAGUUAUGUUCACUAGUCGCCUCAAAGAGUUGGCUAUGCAUGCCUCACCUGAUUGCCAUCCUCAUUGUCUGCGUUUUCUCACUGAAGAAGAGAGUUGGGCGUUAUUACAACGGAAGGUGUUUCAAAAUGAAAGUUGCCCUCCAGAACUAAUUGAAAUUGGGAAGCAAAUAAUGAAAAAAUGCGGAGGGCUUCCACUUGCAAUUGUUAUAAUAGCAGGACUUCUUGCAAAAAACAUCAAGACACAAGAGUCGUGGAAACAAGUUGCCCAAAGUGUAAGCUCAUACAUUGUUAGUGAUCCAAACCAGUACUUGGACACACUAGCAUUGAGUUACAAUCACUUGCCUCGCCACUUGAAACCAUGCUUUCUCUAUUUAGGAGCAUUUCCAGAAAAUCAAAAAAUCUCGGUGCAGAGAUUAAUUUGGUUAUGGAUAGCUGAGGGGUUUAUACAAAAAAUUGAGCAGAAAAGCUUGGAGGAAGUAGCGGAAGAUUACUUAAUGGAUCUAAUUCAGAGAAGUCUAUUAAUUGUUGCUCAAAAAAGGUUUGAUGGUCGAAUUAAAGCAUGUCGUAUGCAUGAUUUGUUGCGUGAUUUAUGCUUGAAGAAAGCUAGGGAAAUUAAUUUCCUACAAUGGAUUCACAAUAAUAAUGACGCUUCUCCUUCUUCUUCAAGUAAUUACGAAACAAAUAACCAAUGCCGCCUUUCCAUCCUUUCUUACUUCGGACCAAGAUUUGAUCGUAUUCUCUUACAGUCUUAUGCCCCAACAGUUCUUCAAUCAUUAUUGUGCUUCAGACCUGAGUUUCAGAAAAUAAUUGGUUACAACGGCAAUUCGUUUGGUGAUAUGUGCUCGUUUAUUUGUUGGACCUUCAAACUUCUUAGAGUGUUGGAAAUAUGCUAUAACAAUGCCUUCUUUCCAAGAGAAUUAACGCAACUUGUUAAUUUGAGGUAUUUGGCAAUUAAUUUGAAACAUUCCUGUGAAUUACCACCAUCAAUAUCCUAUCUCUCAAACCUAGAAACACUUAUUAUUAUUUCUACAGAAUGGAGAAAGGUUGUUCUGCCAUGUAAUGUUUGGAAGAUUCCGAAGUUGAGGCAUCUUUAUGCUAAAGGAGGAGCAAACUAUGAUGUGUCUUUAUGUUCUGAAGAAGCAGUAACAAAUCACAACCAUCCCUCUAUAUUAGAAAACCUACGAACCAUCGCAAACUUAAACCCCUGUGGACAUGUUCAGGAUUUAUUGGCAAGAACUCCUUUUCUUACAAAGCUGGAAAUUUGUGGACAUCUGUUGUCAGAUUCAGGGAAUUUGAUGUUUUUUAAUCUAGAAUUUUUAAGACACCUUGAGACUUUGAAGCUACUGAAUAAGUUCUCGUACCCAACCAAUUUCCGAGCGGUCAAGUUUCCUACAAAUGUUAAAAGGCUAACCUUGAAAUAUACAAAGAUAAAGUGGGAGGAUAUAUCAAUCCUUGGGAUGUUGUUACCCAACCUUGAGCUUCUCAAAUUAGAUGUUGAUGCUGCCUCAGGAUGGCAAUGGGCAACAACUGCUGGUGGGUUUCCUCGACUCAAAUUCUUGAAACUGAAGGACCUCGAUGUUAAGCAAUGGAUCACCUGCUCUAGUCACCUUCCAAGCCUUCAACACUUAUCGUUGGAUUGGUGUCAGGAUCUCGAGGAAGUACCAUCUGGUUUGGGGGAUAUACUCGCUCUGCAGCUGAUUGAGGUAAACCAUUGUCGUUUCUCUGUUGAGGAAUCUGUCAGGAAAAUUAAGGAAGGGCAAGAGAGCAUGGGACAUAAUUGGUUGAAAGUGCGGAUUAGGAAAAAUCCGUGGGGCCUUUGA